AUAUAUUAAAGGAUAUGUAAAAUUCUCUCAAAGAAAAUCCUCUUAUUGGUAACAAUGAUGAUAUAAUCGUUUAUUUAGAUACAGGAAGCAUCGUUUAAGAAAUUUAUAGGGAGGAAUAUAUUCCAGUUUAAUAGAUUUAAAAAAGAGAGGAGGAUGCAGUAUUUAUUGAUGAAAACCCUUAAAUUGUUUUGGAGAAAUUAAUGAAAUUAAAGGAAUGUAAUUAUAAAGAGAGGUAAAUUAAAUAGUAAAUAUAGACUUGCUUUUACGAAAAGAUUAGGAGAACUUUUAGCAUGGAUAGGGGAUUCUGCUAUUGAUAAUUUAAAUACAAUCAUAUAAUAGAUAGUAUUCUUGAAUUUUAAUUUAUAGUUAGAAGAUGCUGAUGAAAUUAAGAAGAAUUUUAUAGCCCAAUUAGAGUAAAUUUGUGUACUUUUGAAAACAAAAUAAAAUAGUUAAGAACUUAUUAAAUAACAUGUAGUAAAAGCAUUGUAAGAAUUGUUAAAAUCUAAUAAUUUUGAUGUAAUCUAUCGGUCAUUUAUAUUAAGAUUAAAGAAUUGGCUGGUAAUUCAAUAAGUAUUGUUGCCAAAGAAUUAAAUGAAAGAGAUAGAGGAAAUCUAAUUUUAACUUAAGUUAUUUAGAUGGCACAUGAUGAUAAUAAUGAUGAGAAUGUAAUAAUUGCUGUUAAAGUUUAAUAUAAUUCUAUAUAUUAUAGUUAUUUGGUUAAUUAGCUGCUGAUUUUGGACCUGAAUUAUCUGAAUCAUUUAUAGCAUUAGAAAUUCUAUCUAAAGGAGAUGAUGCCAAAUAACCAAUAAGAAAAGAAGCAGUUCUAUAAUUAGCUAAUAUAGCUAAAGUUUUAUCUAAAGAUUUUAUUAAACAUAGAUUAAUACCAUUCUUUUCUAAGCAAUAAUUAUAUAUUUAUACUAUUUUAGAAAAACUGAAGAAAGAACAUGGUAAACUAGAAAAGCUUGUCUUGAUAUCAUUGUUAAAUUAGCUGAACAAACAGAUACAGAAAAUUUUGAUUUGAUUA